UGAAUCGGAACAGAAGAAGGCACUUCCUGUAUGUCGUCCGCUGUGCUGUGUUUUCACGUAAAAUUGCAGGGAUGGCUCAGUGGGGGGCCAUCUUCUCCAUAGUAGCUGCUCUCGGCGGAGCGGCGCUGUUGGCCUCCGUGCACAAAAUCGAUGAAGGCCACACCGGAGUGUACUACAGGGGAGGGGCUCUUCUCACUGCCACCAGCGGUCCCGGUUUCCACCUUAUGCUCCCAUUCAUCACCACCUUCAAGUCUGUACAGACAACACUGCAGACUGAUGAGGUGAAGAACGUACCAUGUGGGACCAGUGGAGGAGUGAUGAUUUACUUUGAUCGCAUUGAAGUUGUGAACUACCUCGUUCCAUCAGCAGUGUACGACAUAGUGAGGAACUUCACAGCAGACUAUGACAAAGCUUUGAUUUUCAACAAAGUGCAUCACGAGCUCAACCAGUUUUGCAGCGUUCACUCUCUACAAGAAGUCUACAUCGGCUUGUUUGACCAAAUCGAUGAAAAUCUGAAGUUGACGCUACAAGAAGACCUAACAUCUAUGGCGCCUGGCCUUAUAAUCCAGGCCGUGCGAGUCACUAAGCCCAACAUUCCUGAGAGCAUUCGCAGGAACUACGAACUCAUGGAGAGUGAAAAGACAAAACUCCUGAUUUCCCAGCAGACACAAAAGGUUGUAGAGAAGGAGGCCGAAACGGAGAGGAUUAAAGCUGUCAUAGAGGCUGAGAAAGUGGCGCAAGUUGCAGAAAUCAAGUUUGGGCAGAAAGUUAUGGAGAAGGAAACUGAAAAGAAGAUCUCUGAAAUCGAAGAUGACGCUUUCCUGGCCAGGCAGAAAGCCAAGGCUGAUGCUGAGUUCUAUACAGCUCUGAGAACCGCUGAGGCCAACAAGUUGAAGUUAACUCCGGAGUACCUCCAGCUGAUGAAGUACAAAGCCAUCGCAGCCAACAGCAAGAUCUACUUUGGUAAUGACAUACCUCAGAUGUUUGUGGACUCCGGCUCCGCGGGGAGCUCCAUCAAGGCCUCCGCAGCCCUGGAUGUUAUUAGUGAUCAGGUUAUAGACCUGGAUUAAUGAAGAAGGUACUUGGACUCUUAGAACCACCCAGGAGUGGUGGACUCUUUGCAGGAGACAGAGGCACUCGCCGUCACUAACAGAAUCUGCUGUCUGGGGUCAGUAUUUCUCAGACACUUCAGAAUCACUGCCAGGAUCCCACUGGAGGGCAAAAUAAAAGUUCAGGCAAUGUUUCUUCCACUCUGUUCUGGAUAAAAGGUAACAUUUAACAAAAUUGUAACAUAACAAAACUGUAGGUUAGAUAUUAUGUUCAGCUAUCCCAUUUAAUUCUGACAUUCAACAAAAAAAAUGCUUUAAAGAUUUAUUUUUGUUGCCUCACUUCUUAGGGCUGAACCAAACCGACGGUCAUUCCAGUUACAUAAACACAGCUUUCUGCUCUGGUUGUUUCCUGUUAGCAAAGUCAAUAGUUUUUUUCUUUUUUUUCUGGGUCAGCCUCCCAAGUUGUCAGUGAGUUUUAUGGUCUGAGCCAGACAAAGCAUGAGUUUCAGUUCACGAUCCUCUACUAAAACAGGAUUAAAUAACAUGUUUCUAUACAAUAGGCCAGAAAAAUAAAUUGUACAAUAUGAAGUUUGAAGUUUACCAAAAAAAAUUCAUACUUGAAAUACAUUGUGACCUUGAAGGAGAGAGGACUAACAAAAGAAUAUGCCUACAGCUGUGCCUACCCUGUGAUCAGGGUAUGCUUCUUUAACAAUGGGUUCCCAGGAAAACACCUGCUGGAUCAGAUCAAAGCUCUGCUGUGACUCAGCAGCUCUUUCAAUGUGUGCGCAACUCGGAAUUGAAACUUAAUUACUGCCUGUGAUCCUUCAUUAAGACCCGUCUCUGAGGCUGUUCCAAUAUGUCUCAUAUUUUAUAGCCAUGAGGAAACGUUUGGCCACAUCAGCCUUCUUUCUUAUGGUGAACCUCAAGGAUCCCAUUCUGGGUCUUUCCUACUCCGACAAAUCUGAGUCGUCCAUUAUCAGUUCAUCCUGCAUUUUGCACCCACAUUUUACUACAAGUCAUUCCCAUUUCCAAUUUGUUUCUGUAAAUUAAUUACUUCAUAGCCAUACACUAGAACUACUUUACAUACUUUUUCAUGAUUUAUAAAGAUAAAACGUCAGAGAAGUAGUCAGGUGUGUACUUUUCUCAUAUUCUGAACAUUUUAUAGCCUACAACCAGGGCCGGAUUUAGAAGAAUAUGGACACCUGGGCUAGAGAUAGUUUUGGUGCCCUAUACCAAACAAUAAAAAAAAUAAAAAUAAACUAAAUAUUUCACUAGGACAAUAAGUACAUCAAUAAGUAGAUCUACACGUUUGCAGGUGCAAAUUAGUUGGUUUUAAACAUCUGGCAGAUGGCUUGAUGUUGGACCCACAAAGAUAAUUUUCAAAUAUUUGAGUGUAGUUUCAAUUUACUAAAAUAUAACAAUAUUUUAAUAAAACACCACAUGUGAAUGAACCAUGACUUUAAUAUGAACAUGCAAAGUACCCAUAAAAAAACUUUUUUUGCCUCCCCCUCACUCCAAAGAACUUGUGGCCCUGGGCUACUGCCUUCGUAAGACCUUUCUAAAAACUGACCCAGCCUAUGAUGAUUCAUGGAAAGAGACCAAAAUUAAACAGAACUGCAUCUCGUACCCAGCAGCAGACUAUGAAUAGAUCAUAUAAAUGACUUUGACUCAUUAGUCAGAAAACAGCCCGCUGGUGGUUACAGAUUGACGCAGUGUAUGGCAGACCACCUACCCCCUCCUUCAUAACAACCACAAAUGGAAGAAUAUUAAGUGAAUUGGUGACAUUUCAGUCACCAAUUCUGAAAGAAGCAAGGAAACAGAAAAGUCCCCCUUAUAAAAUUCAAAACAGCUCUUAGGCUUGUUGUUCCUCUCAUCGAGAUGUAUAUCAUAACUAGAAAAAAGUGGGGGGUUUUUUGUGUGCCUCAAAGAGGCUCCAUCCGGUAGUGAGUCGGACUCUAUUUCCUUCUGACCUGCUUGAUGAAUACGGGCCCUGAGUGCAGCAGUGGACAGCACAAGCUUGAUGAAUGUACUGUGGUAGCUGCUCACUGUCUCAUUUAAAUCACUGCUUUUUUUUUUUGUAUGAUUUUGUGUGUGUGUAUCUGUACAGUGAAUCUGUAAUUCCUUUGAUUUCCUUUACUUUUUUUUCUCCGUUUUUCCUGUGAAAGAUCAGGUGUGGAUGGCGUUUUUCCAUAGGAGACUGUGCCAAGAGCAUCUCAGAUUAUGAAGCAGAAAAGAAGCUUCUUACUUUAAUUUGGACGUCCAAACUUAGACCGGCGACAUCUGCUUGAGUCUGGACUUCUUUCUGCAGUCAUUUGAUGAAUGUUUUAACUGGUUGCGUUGGAAACUGUUCAACAGGAAACAUUGGCAACUUUACCGAUGUGAAAAUGAAGGAGGGAACACUUAAUAUAAAUGUGAGAUUGCACUAGAAGCAUUUCACUGUACGGGCAUUUUUUAAAAAGCUUUAUGAAGAGCAUGUAACGCAGCAUUGUGUAAAAACUCCACGAUAUGAUACAAUGCGUCAUUAAUAAUGACACAAAAUGUAAUGAAAUCUCAAAUUGUUUUUGCUUUGAACACUUAAGACAGCGUGUUCUGGCUAUGAGUCUGAAAAGGCAACUAAACGUUUGCCUUUUAAUGACUCAAUUUGCAUGAUUAAUAUUACAAGUGAUAAUUCAGUUUUUGAUUGUUUAUUACAUAGUUUCUUAAAAGAAGAGCUACCUCUGCAUUUUGUAAUAAUCGGCACAAAAUGCAACAAAAUCCUCAUACGUUCUGCUGCGCAGGUAAAACAUUACAUUUUGUCAAUCAUUACAUGAUGUGGUUUGAAUUGUUCCAUUUUGAAGUCAGAUUUUUAGAUAUUAUUACCUAAUGCUGCGUUAUAGUGCAACAAGAAAAUAAAAUCCAUUUGCUGUGAUGUCUUCUGUUCUAUUUUUUGUUUGUUUGUUUUCACUUUUUGAUUGGUUUUAGUUCCAUGGUGCAUUGAGUUAUUGAUGAAAUUCAGGAGUUUUUGUUUGUUUGGGCGUUUUUUUUCCCAAAGAACUAUUGUGUGUUCAUCCAGAUUUAUGCGUUUCUCAGCGGGCGGCACCCUUUAGAGCUAUGAGAUUAUGCCCUCAUAUUCAUUCCAGUUUCUCAGGCUGACCGAGACGAGCACUGAGUCAACAGAACAUCGUAUUGCACUGCUUUCAAUAACGAAUGUACAAUCAGCAUGUUGUCUUCUGACAAUGAGCUGCUGUUUUAAUCGAGAAAUAAGAAGCUUCUCAACAAGGGGCAGUAAUAUAUCUAGAAUAUUUCUUUUUUUUUUUACUGAUACAGUAAGAGUGUAAGCUUGUGUUUGAAACACAAUAAAAUCCACAGAAGCUAA